AUGCCACUCAAUUCGACUGAUAAACCUGUUACUCCCGCGGCGACUCCAUCACAGGGAUCAACUAGUCCAAACUCUUCAGGACCAUCUAGUUCUGCAUCUAGUGGCCCAACAUCUUCAGGAGGACCGAGUAGUUCGGCAGCUUCAGCCAGUUCACCUUCUUCGGGAGGCCCUACUAGUUCUGGUGGGUCAACUUCUUCAGGAGGCCCUACUAGUUCUGGAGGCCCUACUAGUUCUGGUGGGUCAACCUCAUCAGGAGGCCCUACUAGUUCUGGUGGGUCAACCUCUUCAGGAGGCCCUACUAGUUCUGGUGGGUCAACCUCUUCAGGAGGCCCUACUAGUUCUGGUGGGUCAACCUCUUCAGGAGGCCCUACUAGUUCUGGUGGGUCAACCUCUUCAGGACCCGGCCCUUCUAAGUCUGGUGGGCGGUCAACCUCAUCAGGAGGCCCUACUAGUUCUGGUGGGUCAACCUCUUCAGGAGGCCCUACUAGUUCUGGUGGGUCAACCUCAUCAGGAGGCCCUACUAGUUCUGGUGGGUCAACCUCUUCAGGAGGCCCUACUAGUUCUGGUGGGUCAACCUCAUCAGGAGGCCCUACUAGUUCUGGUGGGUCAACCUCAUCAGGAGGCCCUACUAGUUCUGGUGGGUCAACUUCUUCAGGAGGAUCCUCUAGUUCUGUUGAAUCAACAUCUCCAGGAAGCUCUGGCAGUUCCACAGGUCCUACAUCCUCAGGAAGUUCAAUCUCAUCUGGAGGUUCAAGUGGGUCAUCGUCUUCAGGAGGGUCUGCUAGUUCGUCUGACUCUACUUCUUCUGGAGGAUCUACUAGUUCUGCUGGACCCACAUCUUCAGGGGGAUCCUCUAGUUCUGGCAGCUCCACUUCUUCAGGAGGAUCUUCUAGUUCUGCUGGCUCCACUUCUUUGGGAGGAUCUUCUAGUUCUGCUGGCUCAACUUCUUCAGGAGGCUCUUCUAGUUCUGCUGGCUCCACUUCUUCAGGAGGAUCUUCUAGUUCUGCUGGCUCCACUUCCUCAGGAGGAUCGUCUAGUUCUGCUGACUCUACUUCUUCAGGUGGAUCAUCUAGUUCUGCUGGCUCUACCUCUUCAGGAGGAUCGUCUAGUUCUGCUGGCUCCACUUCAUCAGGAGGAUCUACUAGUUCUGCUGACUCCACUUCCUUAGCAAGUUCAUCAUCUGGAGCUUCAAGCAGUUCAUCUUCUUCAGGAGGAUCUUCUAGCUCUCCAGGUUCAACUUCUUCAGGAGACUCAACAAGUUCCUCUUCUGAUGGAUCAACUAUUUCUUCAUCUUCAUCUGGGUCAACUUCUUCUGGAGGAUCAACAAGUUCAUCAAGUUCAUCAUCAGGGCCGUCAGGAUCAUCUGGACCAUCUUCAUCACCAGCAUCUACAUCAAGUGGAGAAUCAACGUCAUCAGAGAGUUCGUCCUCGCAAAAUCCUUUGGGAAGAAUAUAUGAAGCUAUAUCAGCUAAAAAGGCAGAAUUUGAUGCAUACAGCAAUGUCUCCAGUGAAAUUUCCGGACUGCAAAGCGACUUACAACAAGUGAAAACAGCAGCUGGUGCAAGACGACACAAAAGACAGGCGACGGGCACCACCCUUUCACCAUCCCAGAGGAUUGCUUUUAUAGAAGGCGCAUUGAGAGACACACUAAACCUCCUCAAUGAGUUUUUAUCCCUCAUUUCUCCAGAUCCCAAUGCAAUUUAUGGCAUCAGCAUAAGAAUAACUUCAGGAAGAAACCAAAUUAGAAUCGUUCUUCAGUAUGUCAACAAUGACAAGUCCGUUGUGUCAAGUACAUCGUCUAUGCUCCUUGGCAACGCGAUUGAGAAGGCAGGCGAAGCCAAGACAAAUGUCACGGCCAGACAGAAGGAAAUAAAGAAGGAUAUUGAGGUUCUGAAUGCGAAUGCCACUCAGUUCGGUGGAACUACGCUACAAGUCUUCUUCAAUGACACCGGUUCGACUGAUAUACCUGUUACUCCUGCGGCGACUCCAUCACAAGAAUCAGCAGGUCCAACCUCCUCAGGAGGCCCAACUAGUUCUGGUGGGUCAACGUCUCCAGGAGGCUCUGACAGUUCCACUGGACCUACAUCUUCAGGAGGAUCCUCUAGUUCUGCCAGCUCCACCUCUUCAGGAGGAUCGUCUAGUUCUGGCGGCUUCACUUCUUCAGGAGGAUCGUCUAGUUCAGGUGGCUCAACUUCUUCAGGAGGAUCUUCUAGUUCUGCCGGCUCCACCUCUUCAGGAGGAUCAUCUAGUUCUGGCAGCUCCACUUCUUCAGGAGGAUCCUCUAGUUCUGCUGGCUCCACUUCUCCAGGAGGAUCACCUAGUUCUGGCGGCUCCACUUCUUCAGAAGGAUCGUCUAUUUCUGGCGGCUCCACUUCUUCAGGAGGAUCUUCUAGUUCUGCUGGCUCCACUUCUUCAGGAGGAUCUUCUAGUUCUGUUGGUUCCACUUCUUCAGGAGGAUCGUCUAGUUCUGGUGGCUCAACUUCUUCAGGAGGAUCUUCUAGUUCUGCUGGCUCCACCUCUUCAGGAGGAUCAUCUAGUUCUGGCGGCUCCACUUCUUCAGGAGGAUCCUCUAGUUCUGCUGGUUCCACUUCUUCAGGAGGAUCGCCUAGUUCUGGCGGCUCCACUUCUUCAGAAGGAUCAUCUAUUUCUGGUGGCUCCACUUCUUCAGGAGGAUCUUCUAGUUCUGCUGGCUCCACUUCUUCAGGAGGAUCCUCUAGUUCUGGCGGCUCCACUUCUUCAGGAGGAUCUUCUAGUUCUGCUGGCUCCACUUCUUCAGGAGGAUCGUCUAGUUCUGCUGGCUCCACUUCUUCAGGAGGAUCUUUGUUUCUUCCUAUUGCUGACUCCACUUCUUCAGGAGGAUCUUCUAGUUCUGCUGACUCCACUUCUUCAGGAGGAUCUUCUAGUUCUGCUGACUCCUCUUCUUCAGGAGGAUCUUCUAGAUCUUGCUAUUUCUGCGACUCCACUUCUUCUGGAGGAUCGUCUAGUUCUGCUGGCUCCACUUCUUCAGGAGGAUCUUCUAGUUCUGCUGACUCCACUUCUUCAGGAGGAUCCACUAGUUCUGCUGACUCCACUUCUUCAGGAGGAUCGUCUAGUUCUGCUGACUCCACUUCUUCAGGAGGAUCGUCUAGUUCUGCUGGCUCCACUUCUUCAGGAGGAUCUACUAGUUCUGGUGACUCCACUUCUUCAGAAGGAUCUACUAGCUCUGCUGACUCUACCUCUUCAGGAGGGUCGUCUACUUCUGCUGGCUCCACAUCUUCAGGAGGAUCUUCUAGUUCUGCUGGCCCCACUUCUUCAGGAGGAUCUUCUAGUUCCGUUGAUUCUACCUCUUCAGGAGGAUCAUCUAGUUCUGUUGGCUCCUCAUCUUCAGGAGGAUCUUCUAGUUCUGCUGGCCCCACUUCUUCAGGAGGAUCCACUAGUUCUGUUGACUCUACUUCUUCAGGAGGAUCAUCUAGUUCAGCUGACUCCACUUCUUCUGGAGGAUCGUCCAGUUCUGCUGACUCUACCUCUUCAGAAGGAUCUACCAGUUCUGCUGACUCUAACUCUUCAGGAGGAUCGUCUAGUUCUCCUGGCUCCACUUCUUCAGGAGGAUCUACUAGUUCUGCUGGCUCCACUUCUUCAGAAGGAUCUACUAGCUCUGCUGACUCUACCUCUUCAGGAGGGUCGUCUACUUCUGCUGGCUCCACAUCUUCAGGAGGAUCUUCUAGUUCUGAUGGCCCCACUUCUUCAGGAGGAUCUUCUAGUUCCGUUGACUCUACCUCUUCAGGAGGAUCUUCUAGUUCCGUUGACUCUACCUCUUCAGGAGGAUCAUCUAGUUCUGUUGGCUCCUCAUCUUCAGGAGGAUCUUCUAGUUCUGCUGGCCCCACUUCUUCAGGAGGAUCCACUAGUUCUGUCGACUCUACCUCUUCUGGAGGAUCAUCUAGUUCAGCUGACUCCACUUCUUCUGGAGGAUCGUCCAGUUCUGCUGACUCUACUUCUUCAGAAGGAUCUACCAGUUCCGCUGACUCUACCUCUUCAGGAGGAUCGUCUAGUUCUGUUGGCUCUACUUCUUCAGGAGGGUCUAGUAGUUCUGAAGGAUCCACUUCUACAGGAGUAUCUACUAGCUCUCCAGGUUCAACUUCUUCAGGAGAUUCAACAAGUUCCUCUUCUUCUGAUGGAUCAACUAUUUCUUCAUCUUCGUCUGGGUCUUCUGGAGGAUCAACAAUUUCAUCAAGCUCAUCAUCAGGAUCGUCAGCAUCUACAUCAAGUGGAGAAUCAACGUCAACAGAGAGUUCGACCCAGCAAAAUCCUUUGGGAAGGAUAUAUGGAGCUAUAUCAACUAAAAAGGCAGAAUUUGAUGCAUACAACAAUGUCUCCACUGAAAUUUCGGGGCUGCAAAACGACUUACAACAAGUGAAAGCAGCAGCUGGUGCAAGACGACACAAAAGACAGGCGACGGGCACCACCCUUUCACCAUCCCAGAGGAGUGCUUUUAUAGAAGGCGUACUGAGAGAAAUACUAGACAUCCUCAAUGAGGUGUUAUCUCUCAUUUCUCCAGAUGUCAACAAACUUUACAGCAUCACCAUAAGGAUAACUGGAGCAAGAGACAAAAUGAAAGAAGUUCAUCAAUAUGUUAUCAAUGAUAAGACCGUUCUGUCAGCGACAUCAUUUACCCUCCUUGGCAACGCGACCGAAAAGGCAGACGAAGCCAAGAAAAAUGUCACGGCCAUACAGGUGGAAAUCAGCAUUGAAAUUAAGAUUCUGAAUGCAAAUGCCACUCAGUACGGUGGAACUACGCUGCAAGUCUCGUUCAAUGACACCGGUUCGACUGAUAAACCAGUUACUCCUGCGGCGACUCCAUCACAAGAAUCAGCAGGUCCAACCUCUUCAGGAGGAUCUACAGGAACAACUUCUUCCAGCGGAUCAACUGGUUCAACACCAACUGGCUCAACAGCUGGGUCAACAUCUUCAGGAGAUUCUACUAACUCUGCUGGCUCAUCUUCUGAAGGAUCUACUAGUUCUGUUGCAUCAACAUCUCCAGGAAGCUCUGACAGUUCCACUGGUCCUACAUCCACAGGAAGUUCAAUUUCAUCUGGAGGUUCAACUGGGUCAUCUUCUUCAGGAGGGUCUACUAGUUCUGCUGAUUCUACUUCUUCUGAAGGGUCUACUAGUUCUGCUGGACCCACAUCUUCAGGGGGAUCUACAAGUUCUGCUGACUCCACUUCUUCAGGAGGAUCUUCUAGUUCUGCUGGCUCCACUUCUUCAGGAGAAUCUUCUAGUUCUGCUAGCUCCACUUCUUCAGGAGGAUCUUCUAGUUCUGCUGACUCCACUUCUUCAGGAGGAUCUUUUAGUUCUGCUGACUCCACAUCUUUAGGAGGAUCUUCUAGUUCCGCUGACUCCAGUUCUUCAGGAGAAUCUUCUAGUUCUGCUGGCUCUACUCCUUCAGAGGGAUCUUUUAGCAAAUCUCUAGUUUCUGGUGGCUCCUCUACUCCUUCAGGAGGAUCCUCUAGUUCUUCCAGCUCCACUUCUUCAGGAGGCUCCUUUAGUUCUGGUGGCUCCACUUCUUCAGGAGAGUCUCCUAGUUCUGCUGGCUCCACUUCUUCAGGAGGAUCUGACAGUUCUACUGGUUCCACAGCCUCAGGAGAUUCAACUUCUUCAGAAGGAUCUACUAGCUCUGCUGGCUCCACAUCUUCAGGAGGAUCUUCUAGUUCUGUUGAAUCUACCUCUUCUGGAGGAUCAUCUAGUUCGGCUGACUCUACCUCUUCAGGAGGAUCAUCUAGUUAUGCUGGCUCCACUUCUUCAGGAGGUUCUAGUAGUUCUGAAGGAUCCACUUCUUCAGGAGGAUCUACUAGUUCUGUUGAAUCUACCACUUCUGGAGGAUCAUCUAGUUCGGCUGACUCCACAUCUUCAGGAGAAUCUAGUUCUGCUGGAUCCACUUCUUCAGGAGGAUCCACUAGUUCGGCUGACUCUACCUCUUCAGAAGGAUCUACAAGUUCUGCUGACUCUACCUCUUCAGGAGGAUCGUCUAGUUCUGCUGGCUCCACUUCUUCAGGAGGAUCUAGUAUUUCUGAAGGAUCCACUUCUUCAGGAGGAUCUACUAUUUCUGUUGAAUCUACCUCUUCUGGAGGAUCAUCUAGUUCCGCUGACUCCACAUCUUCAGGAGAAUCUAGUUCUGCUGGAUCCACUUCUUCAGGAGGAUCUACUAGUUCGGCUGACUCUACCUCUUCAGAAGGAUCUACUAGUUCUGCUGACUCUACCUCUUCAGGAGGAUUGUCUAGUUCUGCUGGCUCCACUUCUUCAGAAGGAUCUACUAGUUCUGCUGAUUCUACCUCUUCAGGAGGAUUGUCUAGUUCUGCUGGCUCCACUUCUUCAGAAGGAUCUACUAGUUCUGCUGAUUCUACCUCUUCAGGAGGCUCUAGUAGUUCUGAAGGAUCCACUUCUUCAGGAGGAUCUACUAGUUCUGCUGACUCCACUUCCUUAGAAAGUUCAUCAUCUGGAGAUUUAAGCAGUUCAUCUUCUUCGGGAGGAUCUACUAGCUCUCCAGGUUCAACUUCUUCAGGAGAUUCAACAAGUUCCUCUUCUUCUGAUGGAUCAACUAUUUCUUCAUCUUCAUCUGGAUCCACGUCUUCUGAAGGAUCAACAAGUUCAUCAAGCUCAUCAUCAGGAUCGUCAGAAAGCUCUACUAGCUCUGCUGGAUCUACUUCCUCAUCAGGAUCUACUAGUUCUGCUGAAUCAACGUCUUCAGAAGAAUCUUCUAGUUCUGCUGGAUCAACAUCUUCAGAAAGAUCUACUACAACUGCCGACUCAACAUCUUCACUAGGACCUACUAGUUCUGCUGAAUCAACGUCUACAGAAGGAUCUACUAGUUCUGCUGGAUCUACUUCUUCAGAAGGAUCUACUAGUUCUGCUGAAUCAACAUCUUCACAAGGAUCUACUAGUUCUGCUGAAUCCACUUCUUCAGAAGGAUCUACUAGUUCUGCUGGAUCUUCUUCUUCAGAAGGAUCUACUAGUUCUGCUGAAUCCACUUCCUCAUCAGGAUCUACUAGUUCUGCUGAAUCCACUUCAUCAGAAGGAUCUACUAGUUCUCCUGAAUCCACUUCUUCAGAAGGAUCUACUAGUUCUGCUGAAUCCACUUCUUCAGGAGGAUCUACUAGUUCUGCCGACACAUCUUCACAGGAAUCAACCAGUUCUGCUUCUUCUUAUGCAUCAACUAGUUCAUCAUCUUCAGCUGAGUCAACUUCUGCAGGAUCAACAAGCUCAUUAAGUUCCUCAUCAGACUCGUCUUCAGCUUCUACAAGCACAUCCAAUGUACCUUCCCCUUCGCCUCUAAGACAGCUAAGCACCAAACAAGCUUUAGCAGACAAGGUUGACAAUGCAAUCUCUGAGUUUGCAAAUAUGAAUCAGGAGAUUCAGAAUUUACAAAAUGCAACAAACUCACGUCGACGGCACAAAAGAUUAACGGCAGCUGAACAGUCUACUUUCAUAACUAAUUUGUUAACCGCUAUAUCCAACCUGUUGGAUAAACUAGCUAAUAUUAGUUUAUAUAUCAAUGAAAUAGAUGACUUAAUAGCUUCCACGAAGUCUCAUAUAAAUGACCUCAAGACAGCCACUAACUAUGUCAAAGCAGAUAGAAGUGUAAUCGCAAACGCUGCUUUAACGUUACUAAGUCGGGCAGUUAACAAAACGCAAGCUGUCAACAGCAAUCUCGCGAGAGGCUCUACCAGCUCUGCUGGUUCCACUUCUACAGAAGCAUCUACUAGUAAUGCUGGAUCCACUUCAUCAGAAGGAUCUAGUAGUUCUGCUCACUCGCCAUACUCAGAAGGAUCAACGAGUUCUGCUGAACCAACAUCUUCAGAAGAAUCUACUAAUUCUGCUGGACCCACUUCAUCAGAGGAAUCUAUUAGUUCUGGAUCUACUAGUUCUGCUGAUUCAACUUCUUCAGAAGGAUCUACUACUACUUCUGCUGGAUCAACUUCUUCAGAAGGAACUACUAGUUCUGCUGAAUCCACUUCUUCAGAAGGAACUACUAGUUCUGCUGAAUCAACAUCUUCACAAGGAUCCACUAGUUCUGCUGAAUCUACUUCCUCAUCAGGAUCUACUAGUUCUGCUGAAUCCACUUCUUCAUCAGGAUCUACUAGUUAUGCUGAAUCAACUUCUUCAGAAGGAUCCACUACUACUUCUGCUGGAUCAACUUCUUCAGAAGGAACCACUAGUUCUGCUGAAUCCACUUCCUCAUCAGGAUCUACUAGUUCUGCUGAAUCAACUUCUUCAGAAGGAACUACUAGUUCUGCUGAAUCAACGUCUUCACAAGGAUCCACUAGUUCUGCUGAAUCCACUUCUUCAUCAGGAUCUACUAGAUCUGCUGAAUCCACUUCUUCAGAAGGAUCUACUAGUUCUCCUGAAUCCACUUCUUCAUCAGGAUCUACUAGUUCUCCUGAAUCCACUUCUUCAUCAGGAUCUACUAGUUCUGCUGAAUCCACUUCUUCAUCAGGAUCUACUAGUUCUCCUGAAUCCACUUCUUCAUCAGGAUCUACUAGUUCUGCUGAAUCCACUUCUUCAGAAGGAUCUACUAGUUCUGCUGAAUCCACUUCUUCAGAAGGAACUACUAGUUCUGCAGGAUCAACAUCUUCAGAAGGAUCUACUAGUUCUGCUGAAUCCACUUCUUCAUCAGGAUCUACUAGUUCUACUGAAUCCACUUCUUCAUCAGGAUCUACUAGUUCUGCUGAGUCAACAUCUUCAGAAGGAUCUACUAGUUCUGCUGAAUCCACUUCUUCAGAAGGAACUACUAGUUCUGCAGGAUCAACAUCUUCUGAAGGAUCAACUAGUUCUGCUGAAUCCACAUCUUCAUCAGGAUCGACUAGUUCUACUGAAUCCACUACUUCAUCAGGAUCUACUAGUUCUGCUGAGUCAACAUCUUCAGAAGGAUCUACUAGUUCUGCUGAAUCCACUUCUUCAUCAGGAUCUACUAGCUCUCCUGAAUCCACUUCUUCAUCAGGAUCUACUAGUUCUGCUGAAUCCAGUUCUUCCGAAGGAACUACUAGUUCUGCUGAGUCAACAUCUUCAGAAGGAUCUACUAGUUCUCCUGAAUCCACAUCUUCAUCAGGAUCUACUAGUUCUGCUGAAUCCAUUCAAUCGAUCUACUAUUCUGCUGAGCAACAUUCUUCAGAAGGAUCUACUAGUUCUGAACACUAUCCUCCGGAUCUACUAGUUCUGCUGAAUACAUCUUCAGAAGGAUACUAG